AUGCCACCUGUCUCCUUGUCGCUGGCAGAAGCGCUUGGCAUGCCUCAGCCCAGCGAGGCUGCGGGCUACGCACGAUCUCCCUCACCGCAGAAGCUGAGCUUGAUGCUGGACUCUGCUCUUCGGUCUCCCAGAACGUCAAUGGAGCCCCAGAAGGUGCAGCUGCCAUCCAUGUGCCUGGACGCAGCGCAGUCGGAAAGUUUGGAGGAUGUCCCCAGCAUGCCUGAUCCCAUGAGCCCAUCAUAUGGACCGCUGUCCCCACAAUGCACGCCUGCAACAAUUUCUCUGACCUCGUUGGACACUACGGUUGCUUUGGGAUCCCCGCAGUCGUUGGGAUCCCCUCAGUCGUUGACAACGAAGGUCGAACCAGAGAAUCCGCCAGUUGUACCCGAACCAGCUGAUGACGAAGAAGAUAUGACCACACCUUUGCUUUUGCUUCCGAAGAUGCUUCGUUUUGAGGCCCUGGCAGAGGAGGAUGAUGAUCCAGACUACAUGAUGCAGACAAGUCCCAAGGAGAACGAUGAGGACGUGCCGUUUGGACAGAGCCGUGACGGACAGUGUGUAUUGUUCCCACCGGGAUUGCAACCCCCGCCGAACACGCCGAGCCAUGGCUCUGUGCUGCAUGAGCAAGGCACUUGUCGUCCAUGUGCGUGGUUCCACAAGCCGGGCGGAUGCAAGAACGGAAAGGAGUGUGGACAUUGUCACCUUUGCCCGGAGGGCGAAAUCAAGGCAAGAAAGCGUGCGAAGCAGACAGUGAUGCGCCUGGGCCUGGCAACGCCAAAGGUUUCCGCUGGGUGCGAGGAAGAGGAGGAGUCUUCUGUCAUGGCGUUCGGGAUCAUUUCGCCAAAGGCGCAAGUGACCAGACGAUCGAUCAAGGCUCCGUCUUUGGAACCCAGCCACAAGAAAGGAAGCCUCUCUGAAGAGGAAUCUCUGACCACAUGUGUCGGCUCAGAGCAAGAGAUGUCUGACGGCAGCAACACCAGUCCGGAGUCUGCCUGGGCUACUCCAACGGCGGACUUCCCACAAGGAUUGACCUCCGUGCAAGACUACCCCAGCGAGGGCUCAGCCUUGCAUGGCACUGGAAACUGCCGCCCCUGUGCAUGGUUCUGGAAGGGGUCUGGCUGCCAAAACGGCAAAGAAUGCAAGCACUGCCACCUGUGUGAUGCCGGAGAGAUUCAGAGGAGGAGGAAGAUGAAGCAAGCAAUGAUGCGCAUGAGUCCCAAGAGCCAGAAAGAGGAGGCUUCGGAAGUCUUGGCCCAGUCGAACUUCAGAAAGACCUACACGAAAGCUGCCUCACUCGUCAGCACCAGAUGCGCGCUCAGUCUCAAGGCGCUGCAGACCAAGCAUCGCCAGUCUGCGAUGUCCAAUGAGAUGCUUUCCGAAAGGCAGGCAUGCUAUGGUCGACUGGUUGCGCGAAUGCAGGCUUUCAAAGCGUACUUCGACUCUCGGCAGCUCUGGGCGGACUUCAUUGAUCCAUCGUCGGGUGAGCCUUUCUACACUUCCACUUCCACCAGCUUGUUUGACUGUGACGAGAGGUACCGGAGCCUCGGAUUCGAGAUUCUGGAGCUGGGCUGCUGCCGGUCACUGUGCAAUAAGCGAUUUGGGCAGUGCUUGGUGAUGACCUCUGCAUUUGUGCAAGGCACACCGGAAGACGUGCAACCGGCACUGCUGCUGCUGGAGGAGCCAGCCAGCGCGGCAGGUCCACCAGACGCCAUCAAAGAGCAAGAAUCGAAAGCUGAUGCUGCUCAGCCAGCUUUGCGGACCCUGGAGGACAGAGCCAGCCAGCGCGGCAGGUUGCCUGGCAUGUUGCACCAUGUUGCACCUCGCUUUUGUCCCUGUUUUGGGAGUUUGUAUGAAGCGUCAGUGCUUGCAGCAGGUCCACCAGACGCCAUCAAAGAGCAAGAAUCGAAAGCUGAUGCUGGUCAGUUUGGAACGAUUGAGCAAGGUGUCAACGACCUAAGAGUUAGCGAGAGUAGAUCCGACAAACACGCUGAUUCUGAGAGUCAUCCACCGGCGAGACACGGCGGAUACAUCGCUCAGUAA